ACUAGCUAGCUGGAUUGACUUCUUACAAAUAGUAGAGUAUGAAUCAAGCAGCUACCAACGUUGAUACUAACUUGUUAAGGAGAGGAGAAAAAAAACUCAAGUAGGUUACAAAGGAAAGGAAAAGCACUGUUUGAUACAUAAUCAACCAUAUCAGGGGGAUAUCCUAUACACGUUCCAGUUACGCUCUACUUCUGGCUCACUGACUGCUGCAUUUAUUUCACAAACCUCUUUCUGAACAAAUUUUCCUCUUUGUUAUCUCUGUGUGCACCUUUGCUACUUAGCUUCCAAAUUGCCAUCAUCGGGAUUUACAGAUAGAACGUCCAAGUAAUCUUCUCUCACACUCCAGAGCUCUGAUCAUAUAAAGUCAUUAUUUCUCCAGCCAUACGCACAAAAAUAUUUAGCUCUUAUAUUUGGAAGCAACUAUGCUGUCAUCACAACACCAUAAAGGAUGCAGUCUAGUGUCGUCGAAUAAUAGGGUUGCUACCAAAUUUACGCAUAAAUCAAAAUGUUACUCUCCUCGUUCGGUAAUUGUUCGGACAGUACUUACGACCAAGCCUACUGCUACUACCAGUACUACAAAUAUAAUAGAUCACGCAAUUCCUACAACUACUGUUUACAAAGACAAUUGGUUUGAUCGACUUGCCAUUAAACAUAUUUCUCAAAGCAUCCAAGCUAUUACAGGAAUAAAAAAUGAUAAGAGUGGUUACGAAAGUUUUGUAGAGGCGUCAGCUGCGGUGAUUCAAAUUUCCAAAGACACGAAGAUGCAACAAGAACUGGUUAUCCAAUCUCUCAAUAAAGCUUUCCCUAAACGCAUCCUCUCCUUGAUUAAGGUACUGAUACCAGAAUCAAAGUUUAAGAGAGAAUUUUUUGCUACUUUCACAACCUUAUUUUUCGCUUGGCUCGUUGGUCCUUGCCAGGUGAAGGAGUCUGAGAUAGAAGGAAAGAUGGAGAAGAAUGUAGUUCACAUCCCCAAAUGCAGGCUCUUGGAGGAGAGCAAAUGUGUAGGGAUGUGCGUAAACCUGUGUAAGAUGCCAUCGCAGAAGUUCAUUAAGUAUUCAUUUGGAACUUCGAUUUAUAUGAAACCCAAUUUUGAUGAUAUGAGUUGCGAAAUGUUCUACGGACAGGAUCCUCCCGCAACAGAAGAUGAUCCAGCAACCAAACAACCAUGCUAUAAGAUCCUAUGCAUAGCAAAGCAAAAGCAAACUCCUGUUUGUUCCACUUCAAAAACAGUUCAGUACGUAUACAUGGAGGCACAAAUGAUAUUACAGUCUCAAAGAGGCAGCGCUACUAAUCUUCAUUCCUUUACUAGUUUGCGUUCCAUAACCAACCAAAAGACGUCUAGGCGCCAAUGCUCUUCGAUGAAAAUAAAAUCAGUACUGAAAAGACCAAGUGCUGCUACUAGUGCAAGUAGCAUCAGUAUAAUACCAGACACCAUUAUUAGCAGCACAUCAUCGAGUAGUACUGUUUACACUGAUAGCUGGUUUGAUCGUAUCGCCAUUCACUACCUAUCUCGAUGUAUCCAACUUAUUACAGGGAUGAAGAAUGAGAAGACUGGUUAUGAAGGUUUGGUAGAGGCAGCAGCAGCACUUCAUCGAAGUUCCAAUGGCAAUAUAGAGCAUCAGCAAGGAUUGGUUCUUCAAGCUCUCAAUAAAGCCUUCCCUAAACCCAUCCAUUCUUUCGUGCGAAACUCUAUACCACAAUCGCAGUUUAAAAGAGAAUUUUUCGCAAAGUUCACCACCUUAUUUUGUGUUUGGCUUGUUGGACGCAGUGAGAUUAAGGAGUCUGAAGUGGAAGGAAGAAAAGAGAAGAAUGUAGUUCACAUCAAGAAAUGCAGGUUUUUGGAAGAGAGCAAAUGUGUAGGGAUGUGCGUAAACUUAUGUAAGAUGCCAUCGCAGAAGUUCAUUAAGGACUCUUUAGGAAUGCCAGUUAACAUGGUUCCAAAUUUUGAGGAUAUGAGCUGCGAAAUGAUCUUCGGACAAGAACCUCCGGCACAAGCAAAUGAUCCAGCAUUUAAACAACCAUGCUACAAGUUCUUAUGCAAAUCAAAGCAAAAGAACACUUCAGGAUGUUCAACCUUGUAAACAGAAGUAGAAAACUCAUAUAUAGAUAAUCAGACGAUCGGUUUAAGCUUAGCGGCGACAUUAAUGUACAUACGUACUGGUGCCACAGUUUCAUUAUGCCCCACAAACUACUUUUGAAAUGUGUAUAUGUAUGUAAUGUGGUGGUGUCAAUUCCAUGAAGAAGAGCCUUCAAGUAAAUUAUAUUCCCUCCCAAUUAAUCAACUUUUUUAAUGAUGUUUAAUUAUGUACUAAGCAAGUAUAUGAAUUAAAUCCAAGUUUCUGCACAAGGAGAAGGAGGUGGUUGUUGUCGAGGCAAAGAAAAUGUCUCUGCUGAU